AUUCAGAUCUCACUGCCAUCAAAAACAAUUUCGCUUUCUUCUUCUUUUCUCAAACUCAAAAGGAGAAGAAACAGUCGACAUGUCGUCCAUCACUUCAUCCCCAAACUCUCUCUUCCUCAAAAACCCUAUUCUCAAAACCAACAACAACUUCACGCAAUCUCCAAACUUCAAACUCGCCUCUCCCACCAAAGCCAGACCUGUUUCUAUCACGUGCUCGUCUUCGGUCUCCCAAACUCAAACCCACCCGUCCACUCAGAUCCAUGCUCAACAACCCGACCGGGUCUUCAACUUCGCUGCUGGCCCCGCCACCCUGCCGGAAAAGGUCUUGCUAAAGGCGCAAUCGGAGCUCUACAACUGGCGCGGCUGCGGCAUGAGCGUGACGGAAAUGAGUCACAGAGGUAAGGAGUUUAAAUCAAUUAUUGAAAAAGCUGAGUCGGAUCUAAGAACCCUUUUGAAUAUACCGGAAGAAUAUUCCGUUUUGUUCUUACAAGGCGGCGCCACGACGCAGUUCGCGGCGGUGCCCUUGAAUUUGUGUACACCCGAUGACUCGGUGGACUAUUUGGUAACGGGGUCGUGGGGUGAUAAAGCUGUCAAAGAAUCACAAAAGUAUUGCAAAACUAAUGUCAUUUGGUCUGGGAAAGCUGAGAAGUAUACAAAGAUUCCAGCUUUUGAGGGUUUGGAACAGAACCCAGAUGCUAAGUACUUGCAUAUUUGUGCUAAUGAAACAAUUCAUGGAGUUGAGUUCAAGGAUUAUCCAACACCAAAGAAUAAAACAGGGAUUCUGGUAGCUGAUAUGUCUUCAAAUUUUUGUUCUAAGCCUGUUGAUGUUUCCAAGUUUGGAGUUAUAUAUGCUGGAGCCCAGAAGAAUGUGGGUCCAUCUGGGGUUACAAUUGUGAUUGUCAGAAAGGAUUUGAUUGGUAAUGCACAAACAACGACUCCAAUAAUGUUGGAUUAUAAGAUUCAUAAUGAGAACAAUUCACUUUACAAUACACCUCCUUGUUAUUGCAUUUACAUGUGCGGGUUGGUGUUUGAGUACUUAUUGGAAUUGGGCGGGUUGAAGGAGGUGGAGAAGAUGAACGAAAACAAGGCGAAGUUGUUGUAUGAUGCCAUUGAUGGGAGCAAUGGGUUUUACAGGUGUCCAGUUGAGAAGUCAGUGAGGUCACUGAUGAAUGUGCCGUUUACUUUGGAGAAAUCUGAGUUGGAAGGUGAGUUUGUGAAGGAAGCUGCCAAGGAAAAUAUGGUGCAAUUGAAGGGGCAUAGGUCAGUUGGUGGGAUGAGAGCUUCAAUUUACAAUGCUAUGCCUUUGGCUGGAGUGGAGAAAUUGGUUCUUUUCAUGAAGGAUUUCCAGGCAAAGCAUGCUUGAUUCAUUCAUUGCAAUGGCAUGAAGAGAGUCUUUAUCUUAGUAGAAAUAAUAAUAAUAAUAAUAUUAAUAAUUUUGUAGGAUUUUUGUUUUCCAUGGUUGGUUUUGUGAUCUCAUUUUUCAUGAUUGUUGUUCUAUAUGGGUUUGGUGAUUAGUUGAGUAUUUUGCUUAUUAUGUAAUUCUCUCAGAAGAAAAUGAGAAGGAAUUUUGAAUAGAUCGUUAAUGUUACUGUAGUCCAAUUCACACAUCAAUGGUUCCAACUUC